AUGUUAGAUAUUAGUAGUGGAAAGGGACCUGCUGUGCAGGCGAACCCUGGAGAGGCGGUUCCGAAAUGGGCGGCCCCCUUCGGAGUGGUAGAGGGCCCGUAUGCGCGCCACUAUGCUAAGUGGCUGAUUCCCGAUCCCGUUUUCGAUGGCGUUCAAGCGGACUGGCAAGCCAUGCCAGACAUGGGCAAGAGGAACGCGAUGGAAGGUAGGACUACGCGAAACAGUCUAUCGGAUCCGGUAGUGGUUGGGAAGCGAGCGGGUCGUGGCCUCUCUGGCCAGAAGCUUCAGGCCUUGUCCAACGGCUAUCCACAGCCGAAAGAGAAAGCUGGCCCAUGUGUCCUCAAACGUUCCGAUGGCCAGACCGUCAAGCUGGUCUGCAUCGACUGUCAGCGAGAGAAUUUCUCGAGUACGCAAGGUUUCAUCAAUCACUGUCGUAUCGCGCAUAGACGUGAUUUCAAGAGCCAUGAAGAGGCUGCUGUUCAUUGUGGUCAUCCCAUCGAAGUCGAUGAAAUCGGUGGUGUCGUUGGCGAAGAGAAGCCCACUGCUAGUCCUGCUUCUGGGCUUGUGCAUCCCCUCGCGCGCAAUAAUGCGGCUGACGAGAAGGAGGUGUAUGCCACCCUCCGGUCACGUAUUGCCGCGUCUCUCAAGUUGUAUGAACAGGGCAAGCUACCAGGCGUUACUCAAAUCCCCGGCGUGCCCUCAUCUUCGCCCAAGGCCAAAGUGGACAAGAAGCUUCCCAAGAGCUUCGUGGGCGCCUCUGAUACUCCUUAUCUCUCCAAGCUGAUGCAGAAGCGGAGCUUCAAUGGCAACUUGAGUGAACAUGUGGAAGAUGCAAAGACAAAGAUGGACUUGGACGACUUGUUUUCCCCAGGCGAAGACUCGGACAGCGAGUUGCCCAGCAGUGCAGAUGUCACUCGCAGCCCAUCUGCGAUACCUGCAGCCCGCACACCAGCUGUUAUGCGUAUCCCCGCUCGUAUGAGCUCGCCGCCACCUGCAGCAACGGCCCGGCCGUCCAGUAGCAAGGGCCGUUCUCCCCAUCUUGCAUUUGCCACCAAGUCUUCCCCUGAUUCUGCCACGACUCCUGUGGACAGAGGCGACGAGUCUCCAAGAUACGACGAGAUGGACGUAGAUCUCAGCCCCAAUACUAUGGCUAGCAACAAUGCGCCAUCUCUUGUUAGUGACGAUGGCGAGUACGACGAUUCUGACGAUGGUACAUCCUCUGAGACGAGCGAAAACAUGGAGACCGAGUCUGUGUCGGACGUCGCUGAGAUCACUCUCGAUGAGGACCCAGAAGCACACGAGACAGCUCGGCACCAUCGUGGAAGCACCAGCACUGCGGUGAAGCUGAAGAAGGAGGAAAGCAAGCACGUCACAUUUGUCAGCCCUGUCAGGGGUAACCCGAAGGGACGACCGCGAAAACAAAAAGCUUGA